GCUGUAGUCGUACCAGUAGUAGUAGAGAAGAGAGGAGAAGAGAAGGGUGGACCCAGCCGCUAGAUUCCGUUCCCCACCGGCGCCGCGCGGCAGUAGUCGAGUCCAUCCAUCGUCUUGCUCGCAACUCGAUCGCACAAGGAGCAAGCAAAUCGCGAUUCGAUCUGACUCAUCAUCCACCGAGGUGCCUUGCUUCCGCUUCUCGGAUCGCCCUCGCUCGCAGUCGCACCAUCAAUCCUUUACUUGAGACGAGGACAAGGGCACCGGGAGAUGAGAUGAUCACGCGGUCAGAUGGAUAGAUAAAGAUGAGAUGGGGCUCAAGGUGGAGGACGACCCGCCGUCCUCAGGCUCAGUUGCAGAUGCAGAUGAUAGCACCGACAGACUUUGCCGAGUCUGUCACUGUGUCGAGCCUGAUCUCAGAGGACACUCCGCCCUUGCUUUCUUAGGCAUUCUACCGCCGCCUUCUUCUCCAGAUGAAGAUGCAGAUGAUGUUGCUACCGCCACCGCCACCAACAACAAUGUCCUCGAGUUCGUAAGCCCCCGCGGCGAGAUUUUUGUCUGCACCGCCGCCACCACCGACCUGGAAUCAGGCCCUCUGCAUCACCACCACCAUCUCAUGGAUCUAGGAUGCUCCUGCAAGAACGACCUUGCUCUUGCGCAUUACGCCUGCGCACUCAAGUGGUUCAUCACCCAUGGUUCUACUGUAUGCGAGAUUUGCGGACAUGUCGCUGUAAAUGUAAGGCCUGCGGAUUUCAAUAAGGUCCUUGCCUCCUUGAAGGAAUAUGAAGCUCUCAGGGAAAGGACUUCCACUGGAGACCUCUCUUACUUGCAUUAUGGGGCAGAUUCAGGUGUCGAUCCAGACGCUGUCGCCGCGAUACGCAGACAGCGCCUCUCCGAGAUAUCCUCAUGGUUCAACCCUCAAAAUUCACACCUCGCUAUUUCUCAGGGCCAAACCGAACAAACACCUGCUAGUCCAAGUAAUAAUUCUAUACACCAUGGUGCUGUGGUAACAACAGUAGUACACACAAGAUGGAGUUUGGAGGGUACUGGAGUGUUUCUUGCCAUUGGCCUAGGUGUUAUUGUUCUUGCAUGGUUAGUUGCUCCACAUGUUGGUAAGAAAGCUGCUGUGAUUUGUCUUCACAUGCUUCUUGGAGGUUUAUGUGCGUUGACUAUAAUAAUCUCCCUGAGAUUUGUUUUCCCAAGGAUCCAAUAUGGAUCUAUGCGAUGUUGGGCGAUCUUGUUUGUGUUUUGGUUCCUGGUUUUUGGAGUUUGGGCAUCACGGACCCACAGUAUACGCUCCUCAUGAGGAUGGAGAUCAUGGUGAGAAAGUAGGUUUCGGUCUUAUACUAUCCACAUCCGCUGUGCAGUGAUAGAUAUGGCAUCUUUGUGUAUACCCAUCUCUAUAUAUAUUGCUUCUGAAUUUUUCGAAUUAAAUAUGUCAGAUGUAUAUGCAUGACCACAAGAAAAAGGAAAAGUUUGUUAUUGGUGUUACAGUAGACUGCUAGUAUUAAUUUGAUA